CUGCUGCUCUGUGUCUGCUCCUGUGUGACAGACCCGCUGGUCCUCCUCCUCCUCCUUCUCCUCCUCCUCCUCGUCCAGCCUGGAGUUCUGUUCUUGUGGUCUCACCUUUGCGCUCUGCCUCCGGUCACUUGCUCUGGAUUUUCACCCUGCGCCUCUGUCUCGCUUCCCGGUGGAUUUAACCUGUUUGACUGUUCGCCCAUCCAGAUAAUAAACUUUUUGUUUUUAUUAAUUCAUUUUUUUAAACGCCCAGUGCCCUGUUAUCGAUGGCGGAGGGUGUGCGUCCUGAGGACUACUGCGACGAGCCCGCGGAGGACGAUUUUGGAGAGAUCAUCAAGUGUCGAUCAGAUGAAAGAGAAGACGUUCAGAAGAAGACUUUCACAAAAUGGGUAAACUCACAGUUGGCUAAGACGGGGAAAUCACCUGUGGACGAUUUGUUCUCAGACCUGUGUGAUGGGCGACGUCUGCUGGAGUUGCUGGAGGGGCUGACAGGACAAGCACUGGUGAGGUUGGAGAGAGGAUUCACUCGAGUUCACUCACUCAACAAUGUCAACCGUGCUCUGCAGAUCCUGCAGAAGAACAAUGUUGAACUCGUGAAUAUUGGAGCAGGAGACAUCGUUGAUGGGAAUCACAAACUCAUUCUCGGGCUUAUCUGGAGCAUCAUUCUCCACUGGCAGGUAAAGGAUGUGAUGAAGGAUGUGAUGGCGGGCCUACAGCAGACCAACAGUGAGAAGAUUCUGCUGAGUUGGGUUCGUCAGAACACACGCCAGUAUCCUCAGGUCAACGUUGUUAACUUCUCCAGUAGCUGGAAUGAUGGAUUGGCCUUCAACGCCCUCAUCCACAGCCACAGACCUGAGCUGUUUGAUUGGAGCUCAGUGGAGAAGAAGACGUCAGCAAUCGACAGACUGGAACACGCCUUUAACAAGGCAGAGCAACACCUGGGGAUAGAGAGACUGCUGGACCCUGAGGAUGUGGCAGUGCCUCACCCCGACAAGAAGAGUGUCAUCAUGUACGUGACAUCGCUCUUCAAGGUGCUCCCCCAAAUCGUCUCCAUGGAAGCCAUCAAGGAGGUGGAGACGCUGCCGCGGGCGACGCCGUCCGCCGUCACCCGGACAACGACAGAAGAGCACUACCAGAUCCAGACCCAGCAGCGCUACUCUCAGCAGAUCACAGUGAGUGUGGCUCAGGGGCGAGUGCGGAGCCCCUCCCCUCAGCCUCGCUAUAAAAGCUAUGCCUACACCCAGGCUGCCUAUGUCAAGUCACCCGAGCAAAAGAGGAGGCGUAUUACUGAUCAGUUCCUGACACCAAGCCAGGAGGAGCUGCAGCGGGGCCUCAGUCCUCUACCACCAGGCUCCACCAGCCUGGAGAGCUACCAGGCUGCACUGGAGGAGGUGUUGACAUGGCUUCUGACGGCUGAAGACGGGCUCCAAUCCCAGCCUCCCAUCUCCAGCCAUGUGGAGGAGGUGAAGGAGCAGUUCCACACACAUGAGGGGUACAUGGUGGAGCUGACCACCCACCAGGGCAGCGUGGGCCGGGUCCUCCGGGCUGGCGCUGCCUUGCUGGGGGAGGGUAACCUGAGCGAGGAGGAGGACUCGGAGGUCAGAGAGCAGAUGAAUCUCCUGAACUCACGGUGGGAGCACCUGAGAGUGGCUAGCAUGGAAAGGCAGACCAGACUCCAUGAAGUCCUGAUGAACCUACAGAACCAGCAGCUGCAGCAGCUCACUGACUGGUUAGAUGUGACAGAGGCGCGGAUCAAGAGGAUGGAGGCUCAACCGCUUGGCCCUGACCUGGAGGAUAUCAAGCACCAAGUCGAAGAGCACAAGCUUCUGCAGGAGGACUUGGAACUGGAGCAGGUGAGGGUGAACUCUCUCACCCACAUGGUGGUUGUGGUGGAUGAAUCUAGUGGAGACAGCGCCACCGCAGCCUUGGAGAGCAGACUUCAGGUGCUCGGUGAUCGCUGGGCAGCCAUUUGUAAAUGGACAGAAGAACGCUGGAUUCUGCUACAGGAGAUUUUACUAAAAUGGCAGCACUUCACUAAUGAACAGUGUUUAUUCGACUCAUGGCUGACUCAGAAGGAAGAGCUUGUGAGCUCCAUCAAGACCUCCAACCUUAAAGACCAGGCAGAGAUGGUAGCAUGCCUGCGCCGCCUUGCUACUGUGAAGGCAGACCUGGAGGUGAAACGUCCCACCAUGGACAAGCUGUGCUCCAUGAGUCAGGACCUGCUGUCCAGUGUGAGGAACAAAGAUGUGGCCAGCAAACUGGAGGCCAGACUGGACAACUUUGCCCAACGCUGGGACCGACUGGUGCACAGUCUGGAGUUGAGUAGUGCCCAGCUGUCAUCCGCUGUUAGUGUGGCCCAGCAGUCCGAACUUACCCACUCAACUGUCACGUCAACCGUUACCAAGGUGACGACAAGGGAGAAGGUGUCCGCUAUUCGUCAGACCAGAGAGUCGCCGCCUCCACAGAAGAAGAGACAAGCCGUGGUGGACUCUGAACUCAGGAAAAGGUUUGAUGUGGACUUCACAGAGGUCCACAGCUACAUGACACGUGGUGAGGCCAUCCUCCAGAGUCCCGAGUUCUCUGUGUCACGCAAGGACGGCAGCAUCCAGGAUCUGUAUGACAAAGUGCAGGCGAUAGAAAGAGAGCGGCCUGAGAAGUACCGCAAGCUUCAGGAGGCGACGCGCACAGCGCAGACGCUGGUCGAGCAGGAGGGAAGCCGCGCUGAUGACAUUGCCCAGGCAGCAGAGCAGCUGAACCAGCGAUGGGUGGGAUUCUGUGCCUUGUUGGCAGACAGGCUGGCAUGGCUGGCUUACCAGACAAAGGUGCUGGCCUUCUACAACUUGUACGAGCAGUGUGAACAGGCAGUGGAAACCAGUGAGAACUGGCUCAAGGUCCAGGCACCACCAGCAUCUGAGCCAGAGCCACUUAAAGUACAACUGGACCGAUGUCGGGAGGAGAUUGCUCGCCUGGACGCCCUGCACCCUCAGGUGGAUCUGCUGGAAAAGCAGCUGAGGGAACUGAAGGAGGAGAAGGAAGGGGAGGAAGACCCCUCAGCUAUCCUGGACGCUGACAUCAGCGCCUUCAAAGAGUGCUACCAAACUGUCCUGGAAAAUCUGAGGGCCAGAGAGAGGCAGCUCCAAUUGGUUUUGGAGAGCUUGCCCCCAGCUCGUUACAGGGAGACCAUAUCGGCACUGUUGGCAUGGUUACAACAAUGCGAGACCAAGAUGGCCAUCCCAUCCACAGCUGUUACAGAGUAUCCUGUAAUGGAGCAGAGACUGCAGGAUGUCCAGGCCCUUCAGGAGUCCCUGACUGAACACCAGGGGGAGGUAGACUACCUGACCGCAGCGGUGGAGCAGGUCUUCCAGAAAGCUCCACCAGAUAUCAGCCAGAAGUAUCGCACAGAGAUGGACACCAUCAUGGCACGCUGGAGACGACUCAGCACCACGCUGACAGACAACGCACAGAGAAUCCAGGAGCUGAUGGCCAAACUGAUGCAGUUUGAGAAUGAUGUAAAGACUUUGAAGAAGUGGAUGGCAGACGUGGAUGUCUUCCUGAACGAGGAGUGGCCAGCGCUGGGAGACUCAGAAGCUCUGGAGAAACAGCUAGAGCAGUGCACAGCUCUGGUGAACGACAUCCACACCAUCCAGCCCAGCGUCAACGGCAUCAACGAAGUGGGUCUAUACCUGAAGAAAGAGGCGGAACCGCCAUUCGCCAUUCACAUUCAGAAAGAACUCGAUGAGCUCAACGCCCAGUGGGAGAACGUCUGCAAACAGGCCUAUGCUAAGAAGUCGGCGCUGAAAGGUGGCCUGGAUAAGACCAUGGCUCUGAGGAAGGAGAUGCAGGAGAUGCAGGAGUGGAUCAACCAGGCUGAGGAAGACUACCUGGAGAGAGACUUCACAUAUAAGACACCCGAGGAGCUCCACAAAGCCGUGGAGGAGCUUAAGAGGGCCCAGGAGGAGGUCCACUCCAAGGAGCUAAAGGUCAAACUCCUCACAGACAGCGUGAACAGCUUCAUCGCCAAAGCCCCGCCCACGGCCCACGAUGCCCUGCGCUCGGAGCUGGAUGUGCUGACAGCCAACUACCAGCGCCUGUGCAGCCGCCUUGAUGGGAAAUGUAAAACUCUGGAGGAAGUGUGGGCUUGCUGGUGUGAGCUGCUCCACUACCUGGAGCUGGAGAACGCCUUCCUGGACCAGUUGGAGCAGAAACUAGACGAGACAGAGAACCUGAAGGGAGGACCAGAGGAGCUGCAGGAGGCCCUGGAUAGCCUGGAGCUCCUCCUGCGUCACCCAGAGGACAACAGGAACCAGAUCCGAGAGUUGGCCCAGACACUGAUGGAUGGAGGAGUUCUGGACGAACUCAUUCAGCAGAAGCUCGAUGCUUUCAACACACGAUGGGAUGAACUUAUGGCACGGGCGGCGCUCAGGCAGAAGGAGCUGGAGAAGAGUGCGCAGUGGGCCAGGGAGAAUGACACGACGCUGAGGCAGAUGCAGGACUCGCUCACCAACACAGACCGCCACCUCACCUCAUACCUGGCCGACCACAUCGACGCCCAGCAGAUACCACAGGAGGCUCAGAAAAUCCAGGCUGAGCUGAGUGAAUAUGAUGCAACCUUGGAGGACAUGAGGAAGAAGAACCAGGACAAAGAGCCAUCCCAGAACAUCAUGGGACAAAUAGACCUCACACAGAAAAUGCUGACCGGCGUGUGGACAAAAUUCCGGCUCUUCCAGAAGCCAGCCAACUUUGACGCUCGGCUGGCUGAAUGUGAGCGUGUGCUGGCUGGAGUGAAAAGUCAGGUGGGGAUGCUGGACAUCCGCAGUGUGGAGCAGGACGUGGUGCAGUCACAGCUGGACCAGUGCAUGAAGUUGUACAAGAUGCUGAGUGAAGUGAAAGGAGAAAUAGAGACGGUGAUAAAAACCGGUCGACAGAUCGUCCAGAGGCAGCAGACUGAGCAGCCCAAAGAUCUGGACGACAGGGUGACCGCCCUGAAACUGCUCUACAACCAGCUGGGAGCAAAGGUAACCGAGAGUAAACUGGAACUGGAGAAGAGUCUGAAAUUGUCGAGGAAGCUUCGUAAGGAGCUGAACGGACUGACGGAGUGGCUGGCCGCUACCGACGCCGAGCUGACCAGGCGCUCUGCCGUGGACGGCAUGCCCAGUGACCUGAAGGCUGAGUUGGAAUGGGCUCAGUCCAUCCACGACGAGACAGAGCGGCGGCAGCCACAGCUGCAGGCCGUGGUGGAUCUCGCAGAAGCUCUCAAGGCCGUGCUGCGGGGCCACGGGGGCCUCGUAGAUGACAAAGUCAGUCUGCUGCACUGCAACUGGAUCGCGGUCACAUCCAGAGCAGAGGAAUGGCUCAACCUGCUGCUGGAUUACCAGCGGCAGAUGCAGAAGUUAGAUGGAGAGAUAGAGGAAGUGAACAGAUGGAUUGAUGGAGCGGAGAAAAAGAUGGAUGACAUGGACGGCCAGGGACCUAAUGACGCAGUGCUGAAGGUUUUGCGUGCAGAGCUGGAGCUGAUGAAAGGUAAGAUGGAGGAAGUGAGGGCUUUGGGCCAGGAGCUCAUGUCCACUAGGGGUGAGAACUGCCAGGCCCAGGUGGGACCCAAAGUGCAGCAGCUCAACCAGAGAUUUGACACCAUCGCUCAACGCAUUGCCUCUGGACUGACGGCAGCAUCAGCCAAGGAGUUGGAGCAGUACCACAGUGAAGCCCAGAUCUGGCUGGCACUCCUGGAGGAGGAAGUGAAACAGGGGGAAAACCUAAAAGAGGAGGACUUCCAGGAAGACAAGGACUGUGAGGAAGGUGCAGUGAAGGAGUUACUGGUGAAAGGAGAGAAUCUACAGAAGAGAGUUCCGGAUCUGGACAAGAGAGAGCAGAUCAGACUUAAACACAACCAGCUCAACAGCAAGUACAACACUGUCAAGGACCUGCGUCUACUCAGGAACAGGAAAGCGUUGGCGAUCGCUCCCCAGUGGUACCAGUACAGGAGGAAGUCACAUGACCUAAUGGCCUGGCUGGAUGAUAUUCAACGCAGUGUGGACCAACUGCCUGACCCCCCUGAGGGAGAGCGGGUCAAGGAAAUUGGCUCAGAGUUCGACAAGAAGAAGGAGGAGCUUAAGGAGGUGCAGGGCUUAGCCAAUCAGCUCUCAGAAGCUGGAGCCGCCAAUCUAGUGGAACCCCGCCAGCUACAGCUCAACACGCGUUGGGCUGAGGUGGAGGGCAAGUUCAUACCCUUCAAAAGACAAUGUUUCCCUGAUCUGCCGAUCCGUGAAGAUGACUACCUCACAGAGCUGCAGGCGUUGCUGCGUUCUGUGUCAGAGACGGACUUCAAGCUGAACUCCCCUGAAUACUGGCCCGCAGCGUUUUAUAACCUGCCUCAGCAAGAGCACUGCCUGAAGGAGGUGAAGGCCAGUAUUGCUAAGCUGCGAGGUCCGGUGGAGACAGCGCUGGCCCGCCGAGAGGAGAUGGUGUCGGGCUCACGACCUCUGGAGGGUCAGAAGAUCCAGGAAACUGCCGUCCUCCUCAACACCAACUGGGACAAGCUGAACAAGCUCUACCUGGACAGACUGAAGCGUUGGCAGGACUGCAACUCCAAGUGGCAGAAGUUUGUGUCGGAUCAGAAAACUGUGGAGGGGUGGCUGAGUGAAGCCGAGAGCACUUUAAAACUGGAUGAGACAGAGCCUGCAGCACACAGACAGCAUCUCAGGGACCUGACGGAGGCAAUACCCGUCCAGGAAGUGGUGCUGGGCAGAGUGAACUCCUCAGGAGAGGACAUCAGUCAAAUGAGCACACCAGAUGACGCCUCGCGGCUUCGAACUCACCUCAAAGUGCUCAACACUCGCUGGGUUAACGCCUGUCAGCAGCUCAAUGAGCACAAGAGGAGGUCAUCAGAGGCACGUACGGCAGCAGGGCAGCUGCAGGAGGACAUGGGCUCCAUGCUGGGCUGGUUGGACAAGGCAGAGGGUGUCCUGGCCAUCCCUCUGCAGCCUGCAGAGCCUCAGCACAUCAGAGACACUCUGGACAAAGUGCAGGCCCGUGUGGAUGAGCUUCCUUCCAAGCAGGUGGCAGUGGAUAAUCUGAACUCCAGACUGAGGCAAAUACAACUUCCUGCGGACAAACAAAAAGACAUCAGGAUCGUCAACAAUCGCUGGGCUCAGGUUUCCAGGGCUUUGCCAGAGCGCCAGCUGAAGAUUGAGGGUUUGUUGAAGGAGUUGGAGAAGCUGCAGGGUCAGCUGGACGACCUGUCAGCGUGGGCAUCCCACACCAGAGCCAACCUCGAACACAGCCCAGAGGAGCCACAUCCCAGGAUCAUUGAAGAAGUGCAAUUUAAACAACCAGAGGUGGAAGAGGUUUUGCUGCGAGCUGAUCAACUCUUCAGGGACAUUCCUCCCUACCACCCAGACAAGAUGAAGUAUACCAAGCUGAGAGAAGACUGGACAGUGAUCCUGGAGCUGUUGAGGCAGCACAAAGAGAGAAUGGCUGCUCAUCUUGUGGCCAAAAAAGCCCAUGAAUCUCUCACAGGUAGUUCGAUGCCUGACUCCGCGGCGUUGGCUCACUUCAACAAGUCGUGGGCGGAGCUAACCGACUGGCUGACCAUGCUGGACAACAUGGUGCAGAACAAGCGAGUGGUGGUGGCCGACCUAGAGGACAUCAGCGAGAACAUUGGCAAGCUCAUGGAAUCACUGCAGGAGCUGGACCAUAAGCGCCCCCUCCUGGAGAGACAGGUCACGGCGGCCCAAAACUUGAAGAACAAAACCAGCAAUCAGGAGACACGCAACGCGAUCACUGAACGCAUUGACAGGCUUCAGACUCAUUGGGAGGACUCACAGACCAAACUCUCUGAUAGGACGAAGCAGCUCCACAACAUGCUGCAGGACUCCACCGAUUGGCUGGACGCAAAGAAAGGGGCGGAUCAUCACAUCAUGCGGGCCAGUGAGAGGCUAGAGUCCUGGCAGGAAAUCACCUACACAGCAGAUGCACUGAAGAGACAAAAUGCUGAACUAAAGCUCUUUGUGAAGGAGCUGCAGCAGUGUCAGGGUCAGGUGGAUAAAACCAAUGCUCUGGCAAAUAAACUGCUGACGCUCUACGCGAAUGAUGACACGCACAAGGUCACCCAGGUCAACGAUAACAUGAUGGCAACAUGGACACACAUCAGCAAACGUGUUUCAGACAGGGAGGCUGCUCUGGAAGCUGCUCUGCGACUGCUGCAGCAGUUCUACCUGGACCUGGAGAAGUUCCUCAGCUGGCUGACGGAGGCUGAGACAACUUGCAAUGUGUUAAUCGAUGCUACCAACAAGCAGAGACUUCAGGAGCAGCCUGAGGCAGCCAGGAACCUGCUGGCACAAUGGAAGGAUCUUCAGUUAGAGAUUGACAGCCACACAGAGUUGUACCACUCCCUAGAUGAGAAUGGCCAAAGGAUUCUUGCCUCACUGGACAACACAGCCGACGCUGCUCUGCUUCGAAAACGUCUGGACAACAUGAGCCAGCGCUGGAACGACCUGCGCAACAAGACCCUCAGUAUGAGGGCCCACCUGGACUCUGAGAUGGCCCCAUGGAAGAGGCUCCACAUGUCCUUGCAAGAGCUUCUCAACUGGCUGAGGCUGAAAAGUCAACAGCUGGAGCGCGAGCCACCUGUAGGUGGCGAUGUCCCUGCCGUGCAGGCACAACUGGACACACACCGGGGCUUCAGGAGAGACCUGAGAGCUAAAGAGCCAGUUGUGACCAAGAGUCUGGACGAUGUUGGGAUAUUUCUGUCAGAACUGCCCCGAGACUCACCCUCACUUGAGCAGAGAGACAUCAGUCCAGAGGAGCGUGCCCAGAAUGUGGCUCGAAUCCUGCGCAAGGAAGCGGAUGACGUGACUUCGAAGUGGGACCAGCUAAACAUCGACUCAGCUGACUGGCAGAGGAGGCUGGAGAUUGCUCUGGACAGGCUGAUUGAACUACAAGAGGCGGAGGACUUGCUGGAUGGUCAGCUGAGGCAGGCAGAGAUGGUGAAGGAGGCGUGGGAACCUGUGGGUGACCUGUUGAUUGAUUCGCUUCCGGAGCACAUCGAAAGAGUCAAGGAGUUCCAGGAAGAGAUCGCCCCAAUUAAAGAUGACGUAACUCACAUGAACCAGCUGGCGUCCACUUUCGGUCCACCCGACAUCCAGCUGUCACUUAGCAACCUGGAACGCAUCGAAGAGCUCAACACACGCUGGAGACUGCUCCAGAUCUCCAUCAGUGAACAUCUAAAGCAGCUGACAGAUGCUCACCGGGACUUUGGGCUUCUGCACGGAUCUGUCGAGAGCCCCUUUGAGCAGGGCGUCUCCCCAAACAACGUGCCCUACUACAUAAAAGAGAAAGCUGAACCUGGCCAGAUCACCGCAGCUCUCCAUCAGACCCAGACAACAUGCUGGGACCAUCCCAAGAUGGCCGAGCUCUACCAGUCUCUGUCCGACCUGAACAACGUCCGAUUCUCGGCCUACCGGACAGCCAUGAAGCUCAGGCGCCUGCAGAAGGCUCUCUGUUUGGACCUGCUGAGCAUGCCGGUGGCGUGCGAGGUGUUCGACCAGCACGGUCUAAAGCAGAACGAGCAGCUGCUGGACAUCUCCCAGCUGGUCACUUGUCUGACCAGCCUGUACCAGCGACUGGAGCAGAGCCAUUCCCACCUCGUCAAUGUCCCGCUGUGCGUCGACAUGUGCCUCAACUGGCUGCUAAACGUCUACGACACUGGACGCACCGGAAAGAUCCGGACUCUGUCAUUCAAAACUGGAAUCAUCUCACUCUGCAAAGCUCACCUGGAGGAUAAAUACAGAUUCUUGUUCAGACAGGUUGCCAGUGCCACCGGGUUCUGUGACCAGCGUCGCCUUGGCCUCCUUCUACACGACUCCAUCCAAAUCCCCCGGCAGCUCGGCGAGGUCGCCUCGUUCGGCGGCUCCAACAUCGAGCCCUCGGUCCGCAGCUGCUUCCAGUUUGCCAACAACAAACCAGAGCUGGAGGCCGCCAUGUUUCUUGACUGGAUGCGUCUGGAGCCCCAGUCCAUAGUGUGGUUACCAGUCCUGCACCGUGUGGCUGCUGCUGAGACCGCCAAGCACCAGGCCAAGUGUAACAUCUGCAAAGAGUGUCCCAUCAUAGGAUUCAGAUAUCGGAGCCUGAAACAUUUCAACUAUGAUAUUUGCCAAAGCUGCUUCUUCUCGGGUCGUGUUGCCAAGGGACACAAGAUGCAGUACCCCAUGGUGGAGUACUGCACUCCGACGACAUCAGGGGAGGAUGUCAGGGAUUUUGCCAAGGUGCUGAAGAACAAGUUCAGGACCAAGCGUUACUUUGCGAAACACCCACGCAUGGGCUACCUGCCGGUCCAGACAAUCCUGGAGGGAGACAACAUGGAAACUCCUGUCACUCUGAUCAACUUCUGGCCCGUAGACCAUGCGCCCGGCUCGUCCCCGCAGCUCUCUCAUGAUGACACACACACACGGAUUGAGCACUACGCCAACCGGUUAGCAGAAAUGGAGAAUCGUAAUGGCUCUUAUCUGAAUGACAGUAUCUCACCAAAUGAGAGCAUCGAUGACGAGCACAUGUUGAUCCAGCACUACUGCCAGUCUCUGAACCAAGGCUCUCCUCUCAGCCAGCCCCGCAGCCCCGCCCAGAUCCUCAUCUCCAUGGAAACUGAGGAGAAGGGAGAGCUGGAAAGGGUCCUCAAUGACCUGGAGCAGGAGAACAGGAAGCUGCAGUCAGAGUACGACCGUCUGAAGAAAGCCCAUGACAGGAAGGGCCUGUCCCCACUGCCGUCGCCUCCAGAGAUGUUGCCCGUGUCGCCGCAGAGCGCGCGCGACGCCGAGCUCAUCGCUGAAGCCAAACUGCUGCGACAGCACAAAGGACGCCUGGAGGCCAGGAUGCAGAUCCUGGAGGACCACAACAAACAGCUGGAGUCCCAGUUACACAGGCUGAGGCAGCUGCUAGAGCAGACGGAUUCCAAGGUGAACGGCACAGCUCUGUCCUCUCCCUCCACUUCGUCUCAGCGUUCAGACUCCUCCCUCCCUCUGCUCCGUGUGGCUGCCAGCCAGACUACUGAUACAAUGGGUGAUGAUGAGCUGUCCAGCCCUUCCCAAGAUGCAUCUGGGCUGGAGGAAGUGAUGGAACAGCUCAACAAUUCCUUCCCUCAUAGCCAGGGUCCCAGUAUUGGCAGUUUGUUCCACAUGGCUGACGAUCUUGGCCGCGCCAUGGAGUCACUGGUCACCGUGAUGACAGACGAGCAGAGCGCCGAACAGCACGAGGCCCUGCCCUUCUGAUCCGACCUCCCUCUCUCUCUCUCUCUUCCUCCCUCCCUCUCUCUUCCCCUUCCUCCCUUUCAUCCCUCGGCAUGCUUUUCUAGUCAAAACAACUGGAUUGGAAACACAGUUUACAAAGAGAAUACAUAACGUCUAUUUUUGUGAAGGAUUGCGGUUCCAAUGAUGCGUUAAAAAAACAGAAAAAAGGGAAAAAAAAGAAAAGAAAAGAAAAAUCAUUAAAACUUGUAGAUUUCAGUAGUUUCUUAAAACGUCCUGAAGUUGUUUUAUUAUUAACAGAGGCUGAUUUUUAAACUUCUAUGCAACUGUAUAAAAGGUGGGGGGAGAGGGGGGAGGGGUCGGUGUGUUAGUGUGGUCAUAUAUUUGUCCUCUCUUUUUAAAUCGGGGCGAACGGCUGAGAACAUUUCAGACAUUUGUAUGAGGAAAAAAAAAAAGAAUGAUUGUAAAUCAUAAAGGGUGCUUAUUAAGAGGAAACUGUCUUUCAAUAACAGCGUACACAAGUGUCAAGGUAUUACAGUACAUUGUCUGUGAGACUGUGUGUGUGUUUAUGUAUGGUUCUAUACAGUAUGUGUGUGUGUGUGUGUGUGUGUGUGUGCGCGUGUGUUUCCCCAUUGCAUUACAGAUUUUUUUUUUCUUUCCAUCCAUCAUCCAUCCUUUUCACCUCCGCCCAUUCUGAGCAUUUUAGUGACAACAGGAGUUUUCCCUGCGUUCCUUUUUUCUACCACAGUGUACUGUGUGCAUAAGCACAUGUUGCAAAAGCCUGAGUCAGAGUCGGGCAAGGUCACUUCAGACUGCCCGCUAUCAGCUCUAUGUAGCAUUUUUUUUUUUUCUUUCCUGUUUUGUUUGCAACAAAAAGGUGGAUUACAUGACAGCUUCCAAGCCACAACGUCUCCAUACAUCGCCCCUCUGUGGCCGACUGUAGUAUUGCUCAAAAGUCAAAUUACAUGUGUGAUGAUGUUUUUCUAAUAAGUACUCUAAUCACACUGUUUCUUCUCAGUAAAUGUGUUCGUUUUGAUGAAGAACAUUUGAAGAAGAAUGUGAAUCUUUUGAGUCCAGAGUGUUUUUAUGGAUUUUUAAAACUUCCGCUGAAUGAUUACAUCCUGAUUAUUGCAGUUGAAAAUCUAAAGUUUCACCUCUCGUCUACAGUGUCGGCAUAUGUUCAGGGCCUGUUUUGUGCACACAGUACACCGUCUAAUCGUCGCCGACGGCUGCUCCUCGUUAGAUUUACUGGAAGUGAAUGUUCUUCAGAUCUGAAUCUGAACACGACGAUGUUCGGCUCGUUCGUUAUUUUUGAUGACGAGCUAAAAUUUCAAUUACAAAUUACAAAAGAGAUUUUCUUAACACGCCCAGUACCAUAAGCUCUACCUCGUAUAAAUUGUCUACUAAAGUCUAGUUCAGAGGUAAUUUCUCUACUGUACUCAACCCUGCACUCUUCUCACAUUAUUAGUUGAUAAUUGAUUUAUGUCAAAAGUCCUAAUCUAAGCUCUCUACAUGUCACUCUGCUGUGUAGGAGCCUCCAGUCUGAAUGUACAUCUAUGAUUUUACACUCACAAAUCAAAUAAUCCAUGUGCACUACUGUCAAACCUGGGAUUUACUAGAUAUUUGUUUUCUGUGUGCGGAGAAUGCAUUUGUUCUAGUUGUGUUACAGUGUUAUGUUUUUCGUCUUUCGGUUAAAAACAUUUAAGAUUUGUGCCGUGUGAGGUGUUACAAUAUUAGCAUGUGUGACUUAAGAGAAUCCAUCCUUGUUUAAUGUAUAACUACUCAAAGAGGUUAUACACACACAAACACACGUGUGUGUGUGUGUUUUUUGACAUCUAUUCUUGCAGCAUGAUCCAAGAGGUUUUUGUUUUUGGUCCAGACACUGAAUUUGUUUUUGUUUGUUUUGUUCUUUUUUUUUCUUUUCUUUUUUUCAUUUCUAACAUUUGUUUCAUGAUCCCAUCAUUUUUGAAACGACGCAUCGGUUCUUCACAACAUAUCAGAGUCCACCAAAUAUAUGCCUUACUACUGUAUUAUAAAAAUGCUUUACUGUGUAUCAAUAAAGCACGCAGUUAUGUUGA